AUGCAACCAGCAACGCGCCAGAAAUCGCCAGAAAUCGCCAAAAAAUCAGCUAAAAGUGUGGCUUGGCCACAGAGCCCGAAGCCCGCAAGUGUUGGGGGGGAGGGGCGGGGGACAGAAACCGACGUGGUACUUUAUUCGCCGAUCCCCUUCAGGGCGCGAUGUCAUCGACCCGGGCAGUGCUGGAAUCCUCUUCUCCCCCUCGACUUCCUCUUCAGAUCCCUCGUUCAGACACUUCCCCUUCACCAAAUUGGUCCGAUUGCUCUGAUUCUCCCGGCGAUCUCCUAUACCCGUUCUAUACCUCUCGCAGACCUCGGCAAUUUCCCCCUGAACCGCCGUCCUUUCGCAAUGGAACUGUGCGGACGUCAGAAGGUCGUCCAGCGCAAGAUGGUGCUGCUGGGCGACGGUGCUUGCGGCAAGACUUCCGCGCUGAAUCUCAUAGCGCACACAGAUAUCUUCGUCGACAAUGUCCAUGUAGAGCUGUCACUAUGGGACACGGCUGGACAAGAGGAAUUCGAUCGGUUGCGCGCGCUUUCCUACGAGGAUACCCACGUGCUCAUGCUGUGCUUCAGUAUUGACAGCCGUGACUCGUUUGAGAAUGUCGGAUCAAAGUGGAUUACAGAAAUCAAUGAGAACUGCCCUGGCGUGCGGGUCGUGCUAACCGCGCUCAAGUGCGACUUGCGGAAGGACGAUGAGCAGAACGAUAACCCCGAUGCGAUUACCUUUGACCAGGGCCUUGCGAAAGCCAAAGAAAUCGGUGCUAAUCGCGGAAUCCGAGAGAGCUUCUACGAAGCGGCCAAGGUUGCUCUGGAGGUAAAACCCGCCGGGGCGAAGGGAUCCAGCUCGUCUUGUGUCAUCCUCUAG